AUGUCUGCCGUCGUCAACCUCCUUAACACAAUCUGGACGCGCUUCAGCACCAACCUGCGCGGCACCCUCGAGGGCAUGUCCGCAGAGAAGUGGAUCCGCCUCGUCAUCAUCGUCGGCGCCUACUGCCUGCUGCGGCCGUACCUGAUGAAGCUGGCCGGCAGCUCGCAGAUGAAGCAGCACGAGACCAAGCCCGAGGACGAGUUCGACGGCCCCAAGGCAAAAGUGCAGCCGAACACGUUGCGCGGGCAGGUGGAUAUCCCCGAGGACAGCGACGAUGAUGACGGCACCAGCCAGGCCACGGGCGCGACGACGUCUACCGACUGGGGAAAGAAGGCGCGCAAGAGGCAGCGCGACGUGCUCAAGAAGAUGAUUGAUGCCGAGGAGAAGAGGCUUGCUGAGCUGCAGGAGGAUGACGAGGACAAGGACAUUGAGGAGUUCUUGGUGAAGGAGUAG